CUUAUCAAUCGCGGCACACAUGCACAGUGCCCCACCGAUAGCCACGGCUAGGGCCAUGGACCGCCGAACAAUCAGAGUCAAAUGAUGGCGCACAGCCCAGGAAUGUGACUAGCCACACUCUGAGAAACAAAGGGGAGGAGUUUACAACAACACACCCCCUUGCUUUAUCCGACUCUGUACGGCACUACUGUGGAAAAGCCUCAAGGAACGCUACUGACGGCCACUGCACUGCUGGCAAAACAUGAACCAGGACAACAGUCCUCCUUCAAACGCUUAGAGCAUCUACAUCACGAUUAGCCUAAUCUUUCAUCGCGAUUCUGAUCCUGUGGGGAUUGCUGCUUUUUCACUCUUGUGCCGCUCAAUUUCGUUGCGCUGGAUCUUUCGUGUGAGAAUAUGUGUGUGGAGAGCGAUGGGUGCGAGAUAGAAGGCUGCAGCAGUUCGGACGAGGUGCAAACCCUGUCAGGCAGCAUGAGUCCCGGCUUGAAAUCAAACCCUGAUCUCCAUCCAUGCAGACCCGGGCAAAAAUUUCGUGCCGCACUCCUGAAGUGCAGGUCCCCCACGGCAGCCGCUGGGAUUCUCAGUUUUGGGAAUGUGCUUAAUUACAUGGACAGAUACACCGUGGCAGGUGUUCUGCUCGACAUCCAGAAGCACUACAGAGUUAACGACAGCCAGGCUGGCUUGCUUCAGACAGUGUUCAUCUGCAGCUUCAUGGUGGCAGCGCCCAUCUUCGGUUACCUUGGCGACCGCUUCAACAGGAAGAUCAUCCUGAGCUGUGGUAUAUUCUUCUGGUCGGCUGUUACUCUCUCCAGCUCCUUCAUUACCAAAGAGUAUUACUGGCUGUUUGUCCUGUCGAGGGGUCUGGUUGGCAUCGGGGAGUCAAGCUACUCCUCCAUCUCUCCCACCAUCAUUGGCGACCUAUUCACCAACAACACACGCACCAUGAUGCUCUCUGUCUUCUACUUUGCUAUUCCCCUGGGCAGUGGUCUGGGCUAUAUCUUGGGCUCCAGUGCAAAAGACGCAGCAGGAGACUGGCACUGGGCUCUGAGGGUGUCCCCAGUUUUGGGGAUGACAGCAGGGACCCUGAUCCUGCUCUUCGUGCCCGAACCCAAACGGGGCACCGCAGACCAGCUGGGAGGCCGGCUGAGGGCUCGCACGCCUUGGAUCUGUGACAUGAAAGCACUGGUCAAAAACCGAAGUUACGUGUUCUCAUCCCUGGCCUCCUCUGCGGUCUCCUUCGCCACUGGAGCUUUCGGCAUGUGGAUCCCACAGUACCUCCAUAGGGCCCAGGUGGUACAGAAGACAGUGGUGCCCUGUACCAAUGAGCCCUGCAGUAGCAAAGACAGCUUGAUUUUCGGGGCUAUCACCUGCGUGACGGGGCUCUUGGGAGUGGUGAUUGGCGCGGCCGCUACCCGUCUGUGUCGUCAGAAGACUGAGAGGGCGGACCCCCUGGUGUGCGCCGUCAGCAUGCUGGGCUCGGCCAUCUUCAUCUGCCUCAUCUUCGUCGUGGCCAAGAAGAGCAUUGUGGGAGCAUAUUUCUGCAUUUUCAUAGGAGAGACCCUGCUCUUUUUAAACUGGGCCAUUACAGCGGACAUUUUAAUGCAUGUAGUCAUCCCAACAAGAAGAGCCACUGCCGUCGCCUUUCAGAGCUUCACCACUCAUAUCUUGGGGGAUGCUGGGAGCCCUUACCUGAUUGGUCUGAUCUCGGACGCCCUGCAGAAGACCUACGCUGACUCCUCCCUGUGGAAAUUUCUCAGCCUGGGCUACGCACUCAUGCUGUGCCCCUUCGUAAUUGUCCUGGGGGGGAUGUUCUUCCUCGCCACAGCCCUCUUCUUCCUGGACGACCGAGAGAAGGCAGAAAAACAGUCUCCACAUGAGGGGAGCCCUGGGAGGAGUGGAAGAGAACGCUUGACGUGCAGCACGGGGAGGAGAGGAGCUCAUUCUGCUGUAGAUCCAGUUCCUUCACCCUGCAUUGUCACCGCCAUCACUAUUACUAUUUUCCUUGUUGCUAUUUACACUUUGAAGACUGCGUGUAGAAACCAGAAUGAAGGAGCCCCGCCUAUCCAAAGAAACCCGCAGCAUAUCAUGAAGUCGCACACAAAGAAGGACUGAUACACGAAAGCAGCCACACAGCUGUUGGAGGUUGUUGGUGCUACAGGCUGCUGGACGUGUCAGGAGACACACACCGCCCCCCCCUCCGCCCGUCCGUCUCACCCCCAUGCAGUGCCAGUGUCAUACUACUGAAGAGACGGCACCAUGUGCAUUAUCACAACAUUCCUUCCCUAAAUCUGCACUGAACGCAGCAGCCAACAGAAAGUCAUUGAAAAUAUCAAAGCAGCGACCUCCCUUCAUCGCCCUUGACAACGACAGCCUGGAGGACCAGCCUUAAGACUUUGAGCCUGACAAAACUGCAGAGGAAGACCUGCUCUGUUGGUGUUGUUUUCUACGUCAUAAUGUCUAGCACUUACAGUAGGUAAUAUAUUCAGUGCCAGCAUCUCCAUAUAGUAAAUUGUCUGAUGCAUAACUUUCACUGUCACAAUGGAAUAGGUUUUUGUAUUUGUUGUUAUGACUAUGUAUAGAAGUGUAACUGGAACGGGAGGUUAUAACCUAUGAUUGUUUCAUAGAGGGCAUGUUUAAGAUUGAUAUUUCACAUGAAAGGACACAAAGAAAAGCUGCCAUUUUGAUUAAUUAAUCUGUGGACGUUUAGCCUGUACCACAAAAAUAUUUGGCAAAUAAUAGAACCAAAAUGAUAACAAAAUCCUUUUGAUAACAAAAUGCUACAUUAAUGUAGUUGUGGAUGCCAAAAACAUGCCCUGCUCGUCUUGUCUGAAAGCAUGCUGGGAUUUUUAAUGCAUUUGUGCAAGCUACCUUCCGAACUCUUAUCUUAGAACAGUAUGUGCAAUUUAAAGAUUCAUUACAGACUUCCUGGUGUCGAGUUCCUGGACAUCCAAACUGCUAAAAAAUGACAGUUAAGCUGAACAACGGAUAAGAUUUGGAAUCCAGGCUCGAUAGAACAGAAGGCUUUGUUCACAGGUUUUUCUCCCCCCCUCACUUAGUAGAUAUCCAAUUCCUGAGAAGUGCUUUUUCCCUAGCAGGAGGUAUUUCCAUUCAGCUGCAAAUUAAUUAGUCACAGAAAUCUACCCCUGAGGAAAGAAAUGCUGCCAACCUGACCUCAAAUUAAACUAGAUACACUGUAGUUUAUAGUUUUUGGGUUUUUUUUAAUCUAGUGCUGCAUUGAAUCCCAAAGAAAGUGAGCAAUGAGGUCAGGUCAAGUCUUCUGAGAUGACACGAUUUUACAAAAUCACUUACUUUAAUACAGAAGGGAUUGAGAAUGCACCACCUACUGUAUAGGUUGCGACAACCAACAAAAUCGCAUCUGUGCCAUUAAGACAAGUGCUUUGCUUCACAGGAGACAUCCCUGGGGGAUAUCUAAUAAGGGAAUAGGGGGAUUAUCGCUCUGAUUAUUGCGCAGUGGAAAUGUCUGUCCUUAAACGUAAAGCCGUGAGCUUCCCUGCAGGAGUCCCCGUUUCAGCUUUGCUUCUUUUUCGCACAGAAAAAAGAAAGUUGCCCAUCUUCUUAAAAGCAUUGUGCCGAACAAGGCUUGCGUUUAUAGGAAAAUAGGGAAGAAAAACAAGCUUGUGACUUGUUUUUCUUUGUCAGCACAAUCUUUGUGACCCCACCUUUUCCGUCAGCUUUCUGCACAUAUUGAUGGCUUCUGUUCCAACAAUGUGUUUACACAGAAAUCAAUCUUAUUACGCUUCUUUCUUUUUGUGGUUCUCUAAAGGAACUUCCUUUUUUACAGAUACGUUUUUAUAUAUAAUUACGAUAGAGAUAUAAGAAUAUAUCAUGCAGCGAUUUUAAUAUAUUGUAAACAAAAGCUUGGACACAAUGUAUUUAUAUGUUUAUAUGUUACCACAAUGAAGAAUCCCUGUAUAGGAAAGUUAAUGGAUUUUAUGUAUAUUUUCACCUGUUGUUUGGGUUAUAAGUGUUCCUGCAAGUUUAUUGUAUUGCAGUGAAACAACACCAUCAUUACAUCACUGCAAAUCACAAUGCACUUACUGUGGUCACAUGUCAGACAUCACUGCUCACAGACAGAGAAGCUGUGUAUGUUAAUGCUGAGCUCCUAUUGAAUUGAUAAGGAGCUUUGUGUUGGCCAGUUCUCAUCUGCUGGGUGGCUCAACAUGUUAAAGCUAGUUUGAGUGUAUGGAUGGGCCCCGUGGUUGGCUAUUAAUUCUGUAUGGUGCCAGUGCUGACUGUGGCAGCCCGACAGAGAUAACAAACAAUUGCUCAAGCAAUACCUAGGGAAGGGAGGGUUUCAGUCAGCUGGGUUGACAGUGUCUCAUUGCGCAUUAGCGACCCCCACUGGUUUGGUCGGGCAUGUGCAAGAUGGCCUGUUAAGCUGUGCGUGAAGUAUCUCCCUCCCCCUGAAGUCUGGGCUAGCCCAUCUUGAGAACUGCGGCGUGAUAAGAAUGGGCAUUACGUACGUGCUUCUGAGCAGGCCUUGUGCUUGUCUGUGCUCUCCAGGCGCCAUGCUUUUAGCUGAUAUGCAUACAAUUCAGCAUUCCAAUUGGGGACAAAAUGGCAAAAAUGCAUAAAGAUAAAAAAAAUAAAAAAAAUGCAAUUGAUCAUUGCAUAUCAAUCCUCAACUCAGUACACAUUCACAUUCGCAGUUUUGGUAAUCUGGCAAUCGGUUUUGGUAAUUGCUUGGUAAUGAACUCUAGCAUCUGACACAGACAUGCUUAUUGGGGGCCCUUCCGGCAGCUGAACAAAUCAAUCAAGUGAUACAAGAAACCAACUGAUUUCAUCAGGGUUUUAGGCUUUUGUAAUUUGAUCUACAUUGAACUGACCGUGAGCUGAAUUUUUUAAAUCCCACUGUUAAUAAAACUGUCAUGUCUGCAGUGCUCACGAAAGCAACACCCAUGAUAAAACUGGAGGCUGGCAUUUUAUGGCUACAGUAAUUGGUCAUUGUUCUGGAUCAUGGUUCUGGAAACUGGUCUUUUUUUUUUUUUACUGUACUUUCAGAGUAAGAUGGUCUGGAGUGGAUAAGCUACAGAGUGGGUUCACAAUGCCAAAAUUAGAUCUUCACUAUUUUAAAGGGUUUUUUUUCUCCUUUGUUUUGUUUUGAAGAAUUACUAUUGAAUAGCACCUGUUCAUCACGAGAUAGGCGUGAUGUAAUGAGACUGUGCUCUUUCUUGUCAUACAAGAAUCAUGUAAAAAUAUAAUCCUAUUUCUGGUUUUAAACAGAAAACAGAAGCUGUUUUAUUUUUUAGAGCGAGUGUGGUUAAAAUGCUGUGUAGGAAGUGACUGUGACAUUCCCACAGGGAGUGAUAAGCAAUGUACAACCAUAUGUCAAUGAUCAAAUAAAAUUAUUUAAUCAAAGCAAAUAAA